AUGGUCAUACUCGACAAAUACCUUGAUGAUGUCGAUAUGGAGGUGGACUUGCCUCCCUCCUACGACACCGUCGCCUCUUCGUCUGCUGCUAUAGUAGAUGAGAAACCCCGCCCUAGUACUCCACCACCUCCGCACACCCGCCCGACAGCCUCGUCGUCAACCACAAGUUCAUGGUUCUCCUUGCUUCCUAAUGCUCGCACCAAACAAAUCCGUCAAACUGUGAUCUCCCUCCUCCACGAUCUCGUUGCUUCCCCGACUACCACCACAUCAGACUGCUCUGCUGCUGCGCCCAUCCUAGCCUCAUGCGCAUCUGCCCUAUCUCCCUCAUCCUUCUCCACCCUCCUCCAACACCCCACCUUUGAAGGACACACGCCCAUCUAUUGGGCCAUUCUCAACCGACACACCCACAUCCUCCCUGAAAUACUCCGCUACGCAGGUCCACUCAACCAUGCGUGCAUCGCGGACCUCCGUCUUGCGUGUCUCGCGAGUGGCGAUCAGGUCUUGUUUGGGAAGCUUCGCAGAGGAGAGCUUCCGUUUCUAACUACUCUCAGACCAGGCGAAGCCCCAGAUGCCCUCGUUCUAGGCAACGCAUCUGCAGAUGACAUUGACAUCCAUGAGGUCGAUGGCGAAGCAGCAUUCAGCGCGUCUAUCGACAUUCGUCUCUGGCAAAAACGAAUGCGCGUGGCUGGGGUGGUCGGCGUAGAAUUUAUUGCUCGAGGGCGCAUAUGGUCACUCACCUUCUUCACCUCUCCCUCACCUUCUCCCUCAUCUAGUUCCCCCUCCGCUCGCGCUGCAGGAAGCGGGCCCUGGCAAGUUGCUCUCUGUCUUAUGGAGCACAGCCCGCCCACUUUUGUAAAUGGAAGGCUCACCAUCGAUGUGUUCCGU